AUGGAACGUUGGCAAGGUUGUGUCGCUGUAGUUACUGGUGCUAGUUCAGGCAUUGGCGCUGCCACAGUCAAAGAUUUACUUAAAGCUAAUCUCGUUGUGGUGGGACUUGCCCGCCGACUGCAGCGUAUGGAAGAAUAUAAAGCUGAAUUGCCAGCUGAACAACAGAAACGGUUCUAUCCCUAUACAUGCGAUGUAACAUCACAGGAAUCGGUUGAUCAGGCAUUCAAUUGGAUUAUCAACGAAUUGGAUGGCGUUGAUAUAUUGGUGAAUAAUGCCGGCANGCUAGUAGUUAUUGAUAAACUAACGCAGCAGCCACCAUAG